AUGCGUGCGCGGCAAUCGCUCACAUUGCGCACUAUCACCGACGCGCCGUGGUGCGUGAGGAACGAGCGGAUACGCAGCGAUCUCGGUAUGGAAACACUCGACGAUUUUAUCCUACGCCUAUCCCAAAAUAUGUUCGCGCGCGCGGAUGCAUCCACUUAUCCUCAUCUCCGUGAGAUUGCACCGAUGCGCGCUCCUCCCGAGUCGCGUCGCCCUUUUCCGCGCGACUUGUUAUCACCCCCCCCUCCUGAGGUGUAUACAACGCCCUCCUAUCCACCGGAAUUGCUCUGUGCAAUGUCGGCUCCACAGACCGCGCCUUCUGCGCCACCCUCCUCCCACGCACUUCAUGCACUCCCAAAUGUUCCGGUGCAUAACGCGCCAUCCCUCCUUUCCUUCCUGCAUGCACUCAUAGUGCAUUCCAUCACUCCCACGCCACCCCCGCAAGUCCCGCUCUCCAAAGCUACUCCGGCGCGCCCAGCAGCGCCGCCCCCUACCCCUACACCAAUACAAAUCCCUUCUGUCGGUACACAAGUACCCAGCCCACUUCCCCACCUAUACUCCCACGCGCAAUUGGCGCCUCCUUCCCCACCUUCUCGUGUCGCUUCGCCCCAGUACCCCUCCGUCCCCGGUCACGUUUCAACUCAUGGCCGGGCUCGUAAAAGAAAGAGGGCUUUCACGCCCCCCCAAAUUCCCGCCCGUGUUGACGGGCGGCGCUACAUACCCGCUGCAGGGGGCUUCCCGCCCCGAACAGCGUUCCCCACGCGGCCUCCUCACGGAGGCCGCGUGUGCGAAGAUCCCGAUGCUGCUGAUAGAUCAUGUGAUACAGCCACGUCCGUCGCCUGUUUGUGUGUGCCCGCGUAUAUGCAAACUGAGCUGUGCUCGUGUCUUCCAUUGUUUCCUUGUGUGUACUACGCGUCUUUCGUGUCAGUAAAGUCGAUUGUUAGUCGCCCCACUGAGGAGUUCGCCCGUGCUCGUUGA